UAUAUCAAGGGAUAUUUAUUGAAUUGAUAUUACCAAAAUUAUAAGUAAGCAUUCUCGUUAUUGAUGCAUAUUUCUAUUACGUUAUUUGCAAAGAUUCGUCUUUUUAUUUUAUCAAUGAUUUAAUUUCGAUACAAAUUCCAUAUUAAUCAUGUGAUGUGAUCUUCGACUAAUUUCUUUUUUUAAGGAUAUAUUGUAUAGGAUUUUUUAUUCAUACAAUAUAAUGUAAAGACAGGGAUUCAUCUUAGAAGAAGCAAAAAUUAUAAGAGACGUUACUAACGUUUUAUUCAAUAAUCUUAAUGAGAUUUUAAAUAAAUUUGUUAAAUUUUACAGUGUAAGUUUCACAAAUAGGCUUUGAAAAAUCGGAAUUUCAGAACUAAAAGGGGAAUAUCUAUUUUGGGAAAACCACCAACAAAAAUCAAAUAUGGGAAGUGCAUUUCUUACGUUGUUCGGCUGUAUAUUUUUCGGAUGUGUUUAUUGCGAAACUGGCGCUUUCACUAAUUAUGUUAAUAUGGAGAAGCUGUACACGCUGGAGGACGAUUUAAUCACUAUCACUGAUGUAAUACUACGACAAGAAAAAGUUCUACAUGGUGACGAAGAUACCCAUGGAAUAUAUAAUAUAACCAGCACCGUUGAGCACGUGAAGUCCAUUCAUCGUCAAGUGGUCAGUGGUCGAAAUCUGUCAUCAUACAUUGUGAAUCCCGUCAAUAUAUAUCAUAUGACCAAACGUCUUGCCAAAGACUGGACAAAGGUCAUCGCAACCAUUGAGGAAAGCAAGUCAUGCGUAAGAGCAAUGCGAGCAAAAGUUGGAAAUAUCGCCGAUAACAUGCCGUCUGGCGGCCAUUUAAAACAUGUUAUCAGGGGGGUUCUCCGAUUACAAGUUAUUUAUAACAUGUCUGUGAGUGACGUCAUGUCCGGAAAGUUUGCGGAUAUCCCGGCUCUAUCUUCCCUGUCAUUGGAUGAUGCAUUCGAGUUUGCGCGUGUCGCCUACGAGUCCGACCAAUACUAUCUGGCCGUUGUAUGGCUGAAAGAAGUCGUCAAUAUGUACAAAGAAGACGAGGCAACGUUUGCACUGAGGAAUGCGAUGAGCCUACUGUCAUCUGCUUACUUGAAGUUACACAGACCUAAAGAUGCUCUGGCUAUUUUAGAUGAGUUAAUAAAAACAGCUCCAGAUAACCAGGUUGCAAGGAGAAACAGUAAAUACAUCAUACAAAAGAUGGACGAAGGCAUGAGGGACAUCGAUGUUAAUCAUCAAGAGCCGAAUAGCAAGAAAGAUAAACUACUCCAAAAACACUGUAACAAAAAUGACAGAAUCAGAAAACUUAAACGUCAUCAGUUUUGUACGUACACCGGCAGAAGAAACAUGGGAUAUUUUGAAAGACCAAGCAUCAAAACGGAGGUGUUGAGUAGAAAACCUUUGAUUGUGUUAUACAGAAAUAUGACAACCUCUAGUGAGCAAAAAGCAGUGGCACAUUUAGGAUACGAACAGAUGAGAGCUGUGAUGUACAAAAACCGUUAUACACACCCGCAAGGAAUGGAUGGAUUAGAUGUUCAAGAUAAUACAAACUGGCAGUGGAUACCAAAUCUGCAAAAGACACUGGAGAACAUUGAUUUAACAGAAAGGGAGCCAUUGAAAUCUAGAUUUAUUGUGAAGAACAUUGGAUUAUACGGAAUGUCCAACUCGGGUUUGGUCAAAUCGGACCUGACAAGACUUGGUACAUUUGUAGUAUUCUUAACAGAGCCGCAACAUGGCGGGGGCGAUGUAGUUUUUCCAUCUCUUAACAUCAACGUUGCACCAGAAAAGGGUACUGUUUUAUUUUAUGAAAGAAAGGUUCACAAGCAAGCAAAUGUAUGCCCGGUUAUUGCCGACACACAGUGGGUUGGUAUAUACCCGUUAGAAGACCAGUUUUACAGUAAUUUUUGUUACAAAGACAAUCUUCGUAGACCUUCGAGGAAGUGAGCUACCAGCAUCAAUUCUAAAUAUAUUUUCACAUUUGCUCUAUCAUGCAUUCGUAUAAUUUCUUCAAGUAUUGCUGUUUACUAGUUAAAAUGUCGAACAUUUAACAUUUUGCCAAUUCCUAUGUUAGACAAAAUGUGUUUAUACAGGUUUUAAAUGCAUAAUAUUAAAGUACGAUAUAAUUUGUAUAAUGCAACUUUUAUAAUCAUAUGGUUAUAGGUCAUAUAUCUCAUAACAAUAGCAAAAUAAUUUUGCAUAAUUUACAACAAAACAAUGUUUUUUAUAUGCCGAUGUCUUCUUGCUUCAAACUUUUCCGAAAUGCAAAGGUAUACAAAUCAUAUUGUAGUCAAAAAAAAUUGUCUAAUCCGAAUUGUUUGUAUGUUUGUAUUCGUAUAAAACAAAAUUAAAAAGAAUACAACAGAAGCUUCAGAAAUGGAUGUUGAAUUAUAAAAUGUAUCUCAGCGGAUGUUUGAUUUUCUUCUAAAGUUAUGUUACAUAAACACUGAUAAAUAAUACUGUUUGCGUAUAAAUGAAUACAUUUGUUCAUGUGUGCGAUAUAUGUAUUAACCUGUUUAUUAUUAAUUGAAACAUUUUGUUUUUUGGCUAGCUAAUCGUUUUGUCAUGGUUUGUUAUCGGAUGAAAAGCUUAUCCUUUUAUGUGAGCUUAAACCUGAGCAUUGUAAUUUCUACGCGUCAGCAAGAGAUUUAAAAACAGCUGACAUUUGGUAUCUCGACUUUCAGGGGACCGGGUAUGUUACUUCGAAAUAAACGGAAUUUGAGUUACUAGGAGUUUCUGCUGAAUGAAUGUUUUAUUUUUGGUUCCAUCUACAUUUUGUAAAGUGAAUUGUCUUCAUUUAAAGGUAACAACUGUUAAUUAUUUUGAUGUUCGUCUUAAUCUUGUAUUUUCGUACAAAGUAGGCUGUAUUUUGUCCGGAAAAGAAUGUUUAACGUGUUUUGAUAUUUUAUGAUAUCAAUGCAAAAUAAUAGUAUUUUAAAAAAUAA